AUGGACAUCGAGACGCGCAUCAAAGCGUAUCGAUUUGUCGCCUAUUCGGCUGUCACGUUUUCAGUUGUUGCCGUUUUGUCGGUGAGUUUGCAAACCUUCCUCAAGGGGUUUUUGGAUUUGCCACGUCAUAACUUGUAUUUUCAUCACGUGGUUAUGGAUGCUAACAAGACCUUUAGGCUUAUACCUCUCUUAGGACUAGAUAUAAUGCUUUCAGACCCAAGCUUAACUCAUUUUUCCUCCUCUUCUGUCUCUAGUAUGUACUGCUUUUUGCCACGUCAUAACUCGAUUCAAUUUCCAGGUAUGUGUAACCCUUCCAAUGGUCUACAACUACGUGUCCCAUGUCAAGCGCACUAUGCACAAUGAGAUCACCUUCUGCAAAGGUUCCGCCAAAGAUAUCUGGAGUGAAGUGCACGCUCUGAAAAAUCUGCCGGACCUUGCGCAAAAUCGUACCGCCCGUCAAGCUUACAAUGAAGUGCAGGGCGGUGGAGCUUCAGCUUGUGAAUCGUGUUGCUUGCCAGGUCCUCCAGGGCCUGCGGGAACUCCGGGUAAACCAGGUCGCCCUGGAAAGCCUGGAGCCCCGGGACUUCCUGGGAACCCAGGCCGCCCUCCACAACAACCUUGCGAACCGAUCACUCCACCACCAUGCAAGCCUUGUCCACAAGGCCCGCCUGGGCCACCCGGGCCACCUGGACCACCUGGGGAUGCUGGAGAGCCGGGAACUCCUGGAUUGCCUGGACAAGACGCUGCACCUGGUGAGCCUGGGCCAAAGGGACCACCAGGGCCUCCAGGAAGUCCGGGUUCACCGGGAGCACCUGGAGAACCAGGAGUUCCUGCGCAAAGCGAACCACUUAUUCCUGGCGAACCUGGACCACCGGGAGAAGCUGGGCCACAAGGACCACCCGGGCCACCUGGACAACCUGGAGCUGACGGAGCACCUGGACAACCAGGGCCUAAAGGACCUAAUGGAGCCGAUGGACAACCAGGAGCUGAUGGAAAUCCGGGAGCACCUGGUCCUGCUGGACCACCGGGACAAAUCGGAGAACGUGGAAUCUGUCCGAAAUAUUGUGCCAUUGAUGGUGGUGUAUUUUUUGAGGAUGGAACCAGAAGAUAA